GCACGAGGAGGCCGGCGAGGAAGCCGCGUGCCGGGUAAAGCCCGGUGAGCGGAAUCUGCCGCUGCUCCGGGCACAUCGCUUCCGGGUCACGAGGAUCACUUCCGGUGCGGCGGCACGGCGGUACCGGAGACUUUGGUUCUGGAGGGCAGUGGUACCUGGGACCAUGGCCUCCGACCUAGACUUCUCGCCUCCUGAGGUGCCUGAGCCCACCUUCCUGGAGAACCUGCUGCGCUACGGACUCUUCCUGGGAGCCAUCUUCCAGCUCAUCUGUGUCCUGGCCAUCAUUGUACCCAUUCCCAAGUCCCAUGAGGCGGAGGCAGAACAGUCUGAACCCAGAAGUGCAGAGGUGCCGAAGAAGCCCAAGGCUGCCAUCCCUUCCACCAGCAAGAGGCCGAAGAAGGAGGCGAAGAAGAAGCGGUAGACUCAGGCCCGAGGAGCCCAAGGCUUGGGGACAGCCCUCCUGGGAACCAGCAUCCUGUUUGCUCUCACAGACUGUCUCUGUCCUUGGCUCAGGGUCCGAGACAAUUGAAACUCCCUGACUCCAGAGGUCUGAACUGUCCCUAGGCUCCAGCUGUGCAGACCACCACUUCCUCUUCCUUCUCUCUGUGGUGCACCAGAGAUCAUCCCCCCCCCAGAGCAAACACUGCCCCCAGGGUUCCGAAGUCAGGUCAGGCUCAGAGAGCCAAGUAAUUGCAUUAAUCUUGGAGUCCAGUGGUUUUGAGCUCUGAGCCUCACUGCAGUGUGGAGGUGGUGCCUAAGGCUGCAGGCACACCUUCUAUUGCCUGGGCUGCAGGCACACCUUCUAUUGCCUGGGCCACAGUUGUCUUUUGUGCACACAGAACUUCACAUGUGUUUAGGUUGGGAUUCAUGGCCAUGGUGCAGUGUGAACCAGCCACUGUAGCAACCAGGCCCUAAAGAUGUUGGGGUGGGGAGGGGCCAGUAGAAAGCCUGAGCCCAGUAGUACCUGCAAGGGAAGAUGCAGCUGAAUGAGGCCAGAUUUCCUGGGUACAGACUUUGUAAGCCUUUGAAGCAGGCUUGUCCCUUUCACACCAACCUCUUUUUAAUCCAUUUAACAUUCAAAGUGCCUUUGACUUCAGCCUGUCCUCCCCACAUCUCUCAUUCCCUUGACCAAUUUCCCCUGAAGGAAAAUUAUGUGGAGAAGUCAAAGCAAAUAAAGUGUCUUGCAUGCUGA